AUGUGCGCAUUGUCUCAAUCUUUGGCACGCAGCGCCCCCGGCACCACACCACCUGAGGCCCCGGCCCCUAGCCCGCCAGCCGCCCUGUCUGAUGCCGGCCGGAGGCUGGCCGCGCUGCACGGCGCGCUGCUUUCUUCCUGCGUCGAUUGCAGGCUGGAGGGAGAGCUGGAGUUCCUGUGCAACCUGCUGGCCGUAGCAGCAGACUGCGAGGUGGACCCGGUGCUACGCCCCGUCACCGUGCUGUGGCGCGGCUCACUGGCGCACGAGUAUGCGAUCGCCGUCCUUUCUCGCGCAGGCAACCUGGUGCAGGGGCUGGAUCGCGACACGCUGAGCGCGCUGGGAUCCCACCCCGCGCUGUCAGCGGAGCCCCAGCUGGCCGCGGCUGUGGCGCGGGCGCUGGACCGGGACGCGUCUGCCACCUGGCACACCGCCAAGGCAUACGAGAUGGUGAAGCCGGGGCUGCUGAGCCUGCUGGGCCUGCCCAUGGGCAACAGCGAUGCCACGCUCAGCACUCGGACCCCUGAGGAGCAGCGGCGCGUGUCCAACCGCGAGGCGUGCCGGGACGGACUGCUGCGCCUGCUGAAGGACGCCUCCAUGCAGCUCCAGUCGCUGGGGCGGUGGAGCGGCGCGCCCAGUGCCUGCCUGGAGACCGCCUCGCUCAGCAGUGACGGCGCGGACCUGCACGGCGAGGCCGUGGUGUGGGCCUCCCUGCAGUCCGCCAGCACCGACCUGCUGCGCCGCCUGCGCCCCGACAACCUCCCCUUCCUGGCCGCCCUCUUCACCGCCGCAGUGCUGGGCUCGGCGGCCACGGGCGAAGCGCUGCUGGACGGCGACCUGGCGGACCUGGCCUCGCGCGAUCUCUUGCCUGGGGACGUGCGGUUCGGCCCCGCCGCGCGGUGCCUGAGGGGGGUGCUGGACGCCUUUGCGGCGCACUGCCCGCUCUGGCCCGGCGGGGGGGGCGGGAACGCACGGCGCGAGGUGGAUGGGCAGGGCGUCGGUCCUCCAGAUCGGGGCGCGGCGGCCGGCCUCGACGCCGUGCCGGGACCGCGUGCGAGCUUCCUGCCGGAGCCCGCGGCCGGUGCGGCAAUGGCCAGAACGGCAGACCCACGCCUGCUGGCCCUGUGCUGCCCCGGGGCGGAGCGGUGCCAGCGCCUGCUGAGUCAGCGUGGCGACUCGGCGGGGGCGCCGUCGCGGGCCGCGAGGAAGAUCACCCCGACGGCACCGCGGCGGGUGCUAGACGGAGCGCAGACCAUGCUCCAUGCUGUGCCGCCUGGCGUGCCGGCGGCCCCGGUAAAGGACCCCAUUCUUGCGCAGCUUCAGCGAAGCUUCCUGGACCAGUACUCCACCGAGGACCAUGUGGUGAAGCUCAAGGAGGUGGUAGGCUUUGCAGCUGAUGUCAUCGGACUGGCUGUGGCAGAGGAGGUGGGCAACGCGUGCUGCGCUGCCGCCCUGGCCUCACUGGAUGAGCGCUUGGCAGCCGUGGCAGAACAGCUGUACGACACGGAUGUGGUAACAUGGAGCCCGCAAGGGCGUAUUUUCCAGAUCGAGUAUGCCAUGGAGGCGGUGAAGCAGGGGUCUGCAGCGGUCGGCCUCAAGAGCAAAGAUGUGGCUGUGAUGGCCACUCUGAAGAGGGCGCCCUCUGAGCUCUCCUCCUACCAGCGCAAAGUGUUCAAGAUUGAUGACCACAUGGGGAUUGCCAUCUCGGGGCUCACAGCUGAUGGUCGUAUCUUGUGCCGGUACAUGCGGAACGAGUGCCUGAAUCACAGAUUUGUGUUUGAUUCACCCAUGCCGCUGGGCCGUCUGGUCCGCCAACUGGCUGACAAGGCUCAGGUGGGGACGCAGAGGUCAUGGAAGCGGCCAUAUGGUGUUGGGCUCAUUGUGGCGGGGGUCGACGAGUCAGGUCCUCACAUCUUCUACAACUGUCCAUCGGGCAAUUACUAUGACUACAGGGCCUUUGCCAUGGGCGCCCGAUCUCAGGCCGCCAAGACGUACAUGGAGCGCAGCUUCGAGACCUUCACCGACGCCAGCGUGGAUGAGCUUGUACGCCAUGCGCUGCUGGCCCUGCAGGCCACCCUGCAGGAUGGCGACCUCACCUCCAAGAAUUGCACGGUGGCCAUUGUGGGGCGGGACGUGCCCUUCACCCUCCUGGAGGAGGCCACCCUGGAGCCAUACAUUGCAGUGCUGGAGGAGGAGAACGAGGUCGAGGGCGCCGAGGCCGUGGGCGGCGACGGCGGCGACGCAGGCGACGCUGCGCCGGGGGAGGGCGGCGACGGCCCUGCGCCCAUGGACCUCUGA